AUGCUGCCCGUGCUGGUGAACCUUCUGCGUCCGUACGUGGCGUACGUGACGUUCCCGGUGGCGCUGGUCUUCGGCUUCGUGGGCUACAACAUCGAGAACUGGGUGUCGGACAAGUACACGCCGUACAGCAAAAGCGUGCUGGAGGUGCGCAAGGAGCGGCAGGAGCGCGAGGGCAAAGCCGAGCUGCACAUCCCCAAGACCAUCUUCGAGAAGAAUGUGUCGCCGUCGCUGCAGCAGGACGCCACCAAGGCCGUGAACUGAUUUUUUAUAUAAAUGUAUGCUCAUCAAAGUGACGCGUUUUAAAUGACACGGGAUCGAUAUAUAGCUAGUAAAGUAAUAAAAUAACGUAAAAAUGA